AUGGUAUGCCCUAUCCUACAGAAAAAUGUAGAUGACCCCAUCUUCACCAUCCGCUGGAUGCUGCGGACACUUCAGCGUGAUUUAUUGAAGCUCGAGAAUCAGCUGCCUUUCUUUGUUCUUAAAAAGCUAUUUGAGCUAAUUAGCUUGGCUGAGGAUCCACCACUGAUUGAUCUUGUACUCACAUUCUUUGAUCCCUUACUGCCAAGGAAAAAUAUUAAAGGGAAUCUGAACCCUGAAGGUGAAUUGGAUCAUAUGCUUGAGGUGUUUCGUUCAACCUUCCUUUCAUCUGUCAACCAAGAUAUUACAUCUGGAUGUGAGCAACUGAAAAUCUCUGUCAACGUUCCCCUUGUUCAAGAGAGACAGCUAAUUCAUAGUGUAACAGAGCUUGAGGAGGCUGGAGUUAAGCUAAAAAUGAGAGAGGACUGUGAUUUGCUAGACGUCAAUUUUCAAGCUGGGGUGUUAAAAAUCCCUCCUCUGUACAUUGAUGAUAACACUGCUGUUCUCUUCCUAAAUUUUGUGGCCUAUGAGCAGUGUGAAGACACUAAACCUUUUUUCACCAAUUACUUAAUGUUCUUUGACAGCUUAAUCAAUUCUUCAGCCGACGUCGGGAUUCUUCACAAAAAUGGGAUCAUCAAUCAUGUUUUGGGAAGUGAUCAGGAUGUAGCCGAUCUUUUCAAUAAGCUCGGUCGUGAGGUUGUCUAUGAUUUGGAUGAGUGCUACUUGUCUCAACAAAUAAAGAGAGUUAAUAACUACUGCAAGACAUACUAUGCUAGCAAAUGGCGUGUUUGGUUUACAAACUUGAAACAUGACUAUUUCAGUAAUCCAUGGACAUUUUUCUCACUUCUUGCGGCCAUUGCCCUUUUGUUACUCACCACUACUCCUUUAUUAAAUAAGGUAUGCAAGUCGACAUGA